UCGCGUGGUGGACGCCACGUCGUCGUCGUCGUCGAUCGGUUCUCGGUUUUCGCCGGUUCUCAGCGCAAAAUUACGAGCUUAGUGGGUGGCGACUUUCCACCCUGCCCCAAAACAUAAAGUCUAUGCAAAUAUGUGCAUUACAUGCUGCAACAUAAAUUAAAUCGAAUUAAAUCUCCACAAGAUUCAAACUAAAGUCGAAAUAUUACAAUAAUUGGCCUGUUGUGGGUGUGACAUCUGUUGGUUGGGUGGCACGUGUGUGUGAAUCCAAUUUCCGGUUUUCCCCCUAAGUUUUUUCCGGCUUUUCUUUCUAAGCAUCCCACCCCGAAAAUCAUCUGAAGUUGCACACAGAAAAACAACACAAAAAAUAUAUGACCAACGAAUCUAGCAAGGAUCAACAGCAAUUUAAUUAAACCACAGCAAAUUCAGAUGAUUGCAAAAUAUGAGUGCGCAGAAAAACAUCAGUCAACGUUGUUGCCGUUGAAAUUCCUUACUUGCAUAAAAUAUGAAAUUCAUAAAAUUUUAAUAUUGCCAUUUGCGUUAAUUAAACCAUGAGCAAUUCCAAUCACCGGAGCCAGACAAAGUCACUCGCUUAAAAAUGCACACAGCCCAGCGCCGUCGUCCAGGCAUGUCACCGACUCUUUCCCACAAGGACUACGCAGGACUCGCCGGCUGCUCGGCACUCGCUUUUGUCCUGUACCUAAACACACUUAACGCUGGAUUUGUCUACGAUGACAGACGCGCUAUCCUGGCGAAUGGAGACGUGACGGGACUUCGCCCCCUGGAGAAUCUUCUGCGCAACGACUUUUGGGGCACUCCCUUGGUGGACAGUGGAUCCCACGGCUCCUGGCGACCGCUAUGCGUGCUCAGCUUCCGGCUGAAUUUCCUGGCCGGCGGAAUGACGCCCAUGGGCUAUCACCUGGUCAACGUAGUGCUCCACUGCGUGGCCACGUGGCUGGUGUUCCUGGUGGGGCGCACUCUGCUCCCAACCCGGAUUGGAAUCAUGGCCGCCGGCGCUCUUUUCGCCGUCCAUCCCGUCCACACGGAGGCGGUGGCCGGAUUGGUGGGCAGGGCGGAUUUGGCCGCCUGUGUGUGCUACCUACUUAGUUACCUAUCCUACCGCCGGCACAUGCUGAGCCGGGAGUGGGGAUCCCUGGUCCUCACCAUUAUCCUGGCGCUGGCAGCACUUCUCUGCAAGGAGACGGCCAUCACGGGGCUGCUGCUGUGCGGAUUGUGCGACAUCCUGUCAUCCGUGGGACGGGAGAAAAGUGAUAACCGCCGCCUCCGAUCGCUUACCAUUUUGGGUUUCACCCUGUUGUGCGCAGUGUACUGCCGCCUCAGCCUGCUGCCACGCCCCUCGACCGCCUUCUCGGCCGCCGACAAUCCGACUGCCCAUGAAUCCUGCUUUUGGACGAGGCUCCUCACCUUCUUGUACCUGCCGGUGGCCAACUUUCGACUGCUCCUCUGGCCACAGGACCUGAGCUUCGAUUGGGGAAUGGAGGCAGUGCCGCGAAUCAGGACCCUUUGGGAUGUCCGAAAUAUCCUGACCGUUGGAUUCUACGGAUCCUUGCUGGCCGUGCUGUGGAAGAGCUGCGUACUCCGCCGUUCAACCUCAUCGAUGGACUUUGCGGAGGUGGCGAACAUUUCCCUGCCGCUGCUGAGGCGAUUGGGCGGCAAUAGCUGCCACAACUGGCUGGGCCUCACCUGCGAGUGCCACCAUCAACUAGCCGCCUCCAGCUAUCGUUCCACGACAUCCACCUCCGACUCCUCCUCGAAAAGCACCUCCUGGCCGGCUUCCUUCAUGGGCAUUGCCUUCCUGGUGCUGCCAUUCCUGCCCGCCAGCAAUCUGCUCUUCUACGUGGGAUUCGUAAUGGCCGAGAGGGUGCUCUAUCUGCCGAGUGUGGGCUAUUGUCUGCUCUUCGGCCUCGGUUUCGGUAGUCUCUGGCAGCGGGCGCAUGGCUCCAGGCGCUCCAGGAUGAUGCUCCUCUGCGGCCUGGGCCUGCUCCUUGGAGUCCAUGGCCUUCGCACCAGCAGGCGCAACUUGGACUGGCGGGACGAGGAGCAGCUAUUUCGCAGCGCCAUUAGCGUGAAUCCACCGAAGGCACUUGGCAACCUGGGCAGCGUCCUCAGCGCCCAGGGCAGAUACGAGGAGGCGGAACUGGCUCUGCGGAUGGCCCUAGGACAUCGGCCCACCAUGGCCGAUGCUCACUUUAAUCUGGGCGUGGUGCACCAGAAGCAGCACAACUUCAGUUUAGCCGUUCCAUGCUUCCGCCGGGCCAUCGGAUUGCGUCCCCAACUGGCGGUGGCGUAUUUGAAUCUGGGCACAUCCCUGGUCGCCCUGGGCCACCAUCGGCGAGAAGCCAUCUCGGUGCUGCGAACUGGAGCUCGCCUGGAGGGGAUUGGGGUUCGGGAUCGAGGGGCUCACGAGGAGGCCCGCCACACCUGCUACCUGCAACUGAGUGUCCUCUACCGCUCCGAGGGAAGGCUUCAGGAAGCUGCAUCGAUACUCAGGGAAUCCCUAAAAGCUCUGGCUUUGAUGGCUCACAAGCAGAGGGCAGUGCUGCAUCUGCGUCUCGGUGAAAUCCUCGCCGAGCUGCAGGAUUGGGAUGAGGCUGAGCACCAGCAGAGAUUGGCCCUGCAAUUGCAACCGGAGCAGGGAGCAGCAUAUGUGACCUUUGGCCAGACGCUGGCCAGGAAUGGCAGCCGCCUGGCUGAGGCGGAGUCUUGGUUCAAAAGAGCCCUGCAGCUGGCACCGCUGGAGGCCAGUUCUCAUCACCAUUAUGCUGACUUUUUGGAGCAACAGGAGCGUCAUCACGAGGCACUUAGUCUUCGCCUGCGAGCCGCUGCCUUGGCGCCCAACGAUUACACCCUGCAAUCCUGCGUGGCGGAUGCACUGCGUCUGCUCAACCGCCUGGCCGAGGCGGAGCUGUGGUACCGAAAGGCUGUCACCCUGCAACCACUGGCUGCCCACGCACAUGCCAAUCUGGGGGCCAUCCUGCAGAUGCGGGGACACCGCAAGGAUGCAGUGGAAUGCUAUCAGAGGGCCUUGGAACUGCAGCCAGGGCACGCCAUCAGCAGGGCGAAUCUGGCCAAGAUGAAUCUGCACAAGGACACCAAUGAAUGAGAGGCGAAUGCAUAUACUUGUUGAGAAUGUAGGCUUAAAUUAAUUGUAGAUAGCUGAAAGAGAUUAACAAUUGAUUGACGGCAUGGUCAAUAUAUUUUUUACAAAUAAAUAAAGAAAUGAU